UAUACAGCUGAAACUUGCAGGCAGCUCAAGCCUGAGGAAGGACGAGGCGAGUCCGAACGCAAACGUGACUCGCACGACCUGCAGAAAGACGGAGCAGCCUGACCACGCUACCGGGGGAAAGAGGGUUUAUCGACGAACCGGAGCUUCCGAGCCUUGCUCUGCUGUGUUCUGCCGGGUGCUUUACACCGAGGGCCCGACGCACGGAGCAGGACUCCAGGGCCGGCCGGGCACCGCAGGCGGGCGAGAUUUUCCCGAAGGCGAAGCCACCGGUUCCCCGCGAAGAGAACCGAGCAGCAGCUGCCCCGGAUCGCCUCAGCCCCGCAGGGGACGGCUCCGCGGGGCCUGCCCCGCCCACCGCCCGGCGCUCCCGCCAUGCCGAAGCGCUCCUGCCCCUUCAGCCGCCCGGCCCCGCUCCAGCUGAAAACCCGCGUGGGGCUGCGGGAGCUGAGCCGCGGUGUGCGGGGCGAGGAGUACCGCCGGGAGAUCUACGAGAGGACCCGGCAGCUGCUCUUCAGGGGGGCCCGGGCGUACAUGGAGGGCGCCUGGCCCGCCAGCCCCGCCGCCACGGCUGCGGCCGCCCGGUGGCCGGGGCCGGGGCCGGGCGGGGAGGCCCAGCAGGAGGGCGUUGCGGGGCGGCGGUGGAGCGGGCAGCUGGUCAUCGGGCAGGGCGGGAAGCUGCUGCAGGGCCCCGCCGCCGGGAAGGUUGCACCCGCGGGAGCCUCCAAAGCCUGCUCCUCGUGUGUAAGAACCGCUGACGUUAAGGAAGCGUGUGCGCAGUGCGAGCGGUUUGUCUGCCGGGACUGCGGCAGGCUCUGCAGCUCCUGCAACGCGCUCGCCUGUUCCUUCUGCUCCACUGUUGAUUACGGUGAUGUGGGAGAGCAAGUUCUCUGCAAUGGUUGUUCAAUAUUUCCAGUCUGAAACUUGAUGAAUUAUCUUUAUGGCUGAGAUGUCCGUAAUUUCAUGAAGUUUCUUCCUUAUGGCUGAUCAGUUAAUCUUUUUAGUGUGUGAAUUAAUUAUGGAAUUUUUAUGUUUUAUAUCUAUAUAUUGUACUUUUUAAUAUUGUCGCUAAAUAAACUUUUAUAUUUUGAUGA